CACUGUGGUCGCUGCGCUGUUCUGCCCUGUGUGUCUCCUCCCCGUGAGAAGCCAAGAAGCAGGCCAGCGACCUCCGAGCAGCAGCAUCCAUGGCGCCGUCGGAGGAGCCGGAGGUUGGCAGGAGAGGCGUUCCUUCCCUGCUCGGCGCCGGCGGAAUCAGGCAGGAACACAUCGCCUCCGACGUCACCCAGCUCAUUGGGUGGACGCCGCUGGUCGAACUGAAGCGGAUCGCCGGGAAGGACGGAGUGGGUGCCCGUAUCGUCGGCAAGAUCGAGGCAUACCAGCCACUUUGCUCCGUCAAGGACCGCAGUGCUCUCAGGAUGAUUGAAGAUGCUGAAGAGAAAGGGUUGAUUACACCCGGAGUCACAACUCUAGUAGAGCCGACUAGCGGCAACUUAGGGCUAGGAUUGAUUCUCAUUGCUCUGAGCAAAGGCUACAGGUUCGUCGCUGUGAUGCCGGCCCAAUACUCGCUUGAUAAACAGAUGUUGUUGAGAUACAUGGGUGCUGAGGUGUACUUAACCGAUCCAGCGCUCAGGUUUCCAGGACAAGUCGCCAAGGUCGAACAGCUCAAGAAAGAAUUACCAAAGGUGCAUGUUCUUAAUCAGUUCGCGAAUCCAGCUAAUCCUGAGGCACACAUCAGAUGGACUGGGCCUGAGAUUUGGAACGAUACUGCUGGCAAGGUGGACAUUUUUGUUGCCGGUUCAGGCUCAGGAGGUACGGUAUCUGGUGUUGGUAAGUAUCUGAAGAUGCAAAACCCAGAUGUGAAGAUCAUCUGUGUGGAACCUGCAGAGAGCCCUGUCAUUUCAGGUGGGGAACCAGGCAAGCAUGAAAUCCAGGGACUGGGACCAGGAUUCUUACCUGAGAUCUUGGACACCUCAGUCAUCGACGAAGUGGUCACUGUGACCACUGGGGACGCAAUGGCAAAUGCUAGGAGGUUGGCAAUGGAAGAAGGACUACUUGUGGGCAUAUCUUCUGGAGCAAACUUGGCAGCUUGUCUGAAGAUCGCAGCGAGAGAAGAGAACACGGGGAAGAUGAUUGUGACCAUGUUCCCAAGCGGGGGCGAGAGGUACAUGGACUCACACCUCUUUGCAGCAGUAAGAGAGGAGUGUAUUGCCAUGACGUUUUGAUCUCACACCUCAUAAUAAUAUAUAUGGUUGUGUGAAUGAAGAGAUGCACAUGCCGCAUCUUGCUACGGAGCUCAUCUACAAGGAACUAUAAGUUGUUGUUAGUUUCUCAACGAAUGUCCAUGAACGUAUUACCAUAUCAUCUGAUGCCACGGCAACACCGAAACAAAAUAUCUAUGUUUCUGAAUAUAAAUGUACCCAAAAAAUUGGCAUAUGCGAGAAUUUGUGCUUUGUUAUCUUAGAGAAUUGUGAUAUAUUGCCU